GCCGAGUCUGUACCUCACUAUUAUCCGAAAGACAACCGCCUGCCUGCCAUGUCCUUCAAACCCAUCAACGAUAAGGACCAACUUCGGUUACUGAAGAGCGGCGUGCAGUCGAAGCUGAGGUCGACAUUCAAGCCUAGGUAUCACAGUCGAACAGGGUCAGCGAUAACGCUUUCAGCUACAGAUUCGGAAUGCAGUACUCUGGUCGAUUUCGGCUUCGACAACUGCUACUCGCAGUCUCCCCUUCAAACAGAGGAUGAGCGACCAGAACAUCUUUUGGAAGAAGACAAUACUGCUUGGUGUCGAGGGAAACUGAGGCGUGCCCAGACAUCCAGCGCUCGACGACGGUCAACGCACAUAGCCAGUGAUGCUGAUAUGAUUGACGCCGAGAUGCUCGAUGAAGAGGAUCGUGCAUGGAGCAUCCCCAACAAAUCCACGACAAAAAACUCUCGACCAUCGAGUCGAUUCUUCUCCGGUAUCAGCUCGCGAUACCAUCACACUAGUGUCCGUCAGCCAGGUAUUCAGUCCGAGCUCUUGGACGUCGAGGACAGAGCAUGGAUGUGAAGUCUUCGAAUACAUUACGGGGCAUCGACUUGUAUUUAUGCAGUAUGAUA